AUGCCGCUUCCGAUACGCAUCUUCACUGCGGUGUUCGUCUCCAGCAGAAGCGGCAGCAAGUCCCGGUGGGUUGUUGGUGCCGUAUUGUUGCCUCGAGCAUCGCGAUCAGCGUUGUCCUCGCCGUUAACUUCCAACGCGCAACCCGAUCUGAUGGGGACCACCAACAACAUGUGGGACAACGAUGAUGCUUGUCAAGAGAAUGCCUAUACUAGAAAUGGAUCAAAGAAUGUGGAUCAGGAUACGACUUACAAUACUACCGAGAGUGAGUUUUUCUACCGAGACAUGGGAAAAUUUGGUGACGUUGAAGGGAUACAUAUGGAAGACAUAAUGAAGAAGGUAUUUAGGACUGAUGAGGACGCGUAUAAGUUCUAUAAGAAGUUUGGAAAAUAUCACGGCUUUGGAGUUAGGAAGAGGGAUUCCUGGAAGGAUGAGGAUGGUAUUGUCACAAGGCGGAGGUUCUUCUGUAACAGGCAACGUUUGAGAGAUGCAAAGCACUAUAAUCGGUUAGAUAGGAUGAGAGGGUUCACAAACCAGAAACGAGGACUAAUUGCGAGGCGAAGUUCUCCAUAUCCUUUGACAAGAGUGCUUCUCUGUGGCGAGCGUGUAACGAUUGCGGAGGGUGAUGCAGAAGCUGCGCUUGCAUAUUUAGAAGAUAAGACAGAAUCGGAUCCGAUGGCCAUGGCAUGGUACAGUUUGACCGAUGAUGGAAUGCUAGGCAAUAUGUUUUGGGCCGAUGGGGGUAGCCGAGUCGAUUACCAGUACUUCGGGGAUGUCCUUGCAUUCGAUGCGACAUACAAGAAGAACAAGUAUAGGCGGCCAUUGGUAAUCUUCUCAGGGGCCAACAACCACAAGCAGACCACCAUUUUCAGUUUUGGUUUAGUAAUGGAUGAGACAUUUGAUUCGUAUAAGUGGAUAUUGCAGAACAUGUUGGAGGUGAUGUGCAUGAAGGAGCCAUCAGUGGUUGUUACAAAUGGGGAUGAGGCGAUGUGUAAAGCCAUAGCUUUAGUAUUCCCGAAGUUCAAACUUCAAGAUAGCCUAUGGGCGAGGCAGGUGUUUGGUAAGAAGGAAAUGUGGGUGAAUGCGUAUCUGAGGAAUAAAUUUUGCGCCGGGUUUAAGACCACAUCUCGAUGCGAAGGUAUAAACGCUGUGGUCAAGAAUUUCCUUCAAUCGAAGUAUACUAUUCUUGAGCUUGUGCAGAACCUAGAGCUAAUGGUGCGUGAUUAUCGGAAUAAUGAGCUUCUAGUCCAGUUCAGAACCAUUGACACUUUCCUAGUAAUGACGACUAGCCUCGAUGCAAUAGAGCGGUUCGCUAUGCUGACAUAUACGAAAGAAGUAUUUGCGGACAUAAAACGAGAGAUUCAACGAGUUGCAGUUGUUAAUUUGGUUCGGGUAAGAAGAUCUCUGAACACAAGGGUAUACUCAUUGGAAGAGUACGAAUCUCCUGGGAGACUUAUUCUAGUACUGUUUGAUCGAAAUAUGGGAAGGCUGAAGUGUCGGUGUGAGGGUUGGACAAAAUACGAAUACCCAUGUCGCCAUCUCUUUUUGUCAUGA